AAGAUUGCAAGUUUAUCAGAUAAUUGAGUUUGGCAACAUUUAUUUCUCGUACGUUUUUUCCUUGCUUUUCAUUGGGCUUGACCCGUCGGAAAAGUCGUUUUGGAGAGAAUGAAUUUUGGGUUGUCAGAUAAAUCGACGGCAUGUCGUCCCAUAUGGACAAAUACAAUUGGUACGAUAAAACUUUGAAGAAAUUGUUGUUAUUCGCUGGCCUGUGGCCGAGGGUAAAUCCCAGCAAAUUCUACCGUUUGCUUCCGUACCUCCAUGUUUUGGCAGAAGUUUGGACGACGUGCGCAGUUCUCAAUUUCUGUCGUCUGCACAUGACGAAUUUGGGACUUUUGAUAAAGGGGCUGGGUUUGGCUCUCUCGUUCUUUAUCACGAAACAAAAAAUGGUUUGUUUCACAUUUUAUCGGAACGAGCUGCUAGACCUUCACACGAAUUUGGAUUUUACGUUUUCUCAAGACCUUCGCGAUCCUGAGCUCCGACCAAUUCUACUGUCACCGCUGCUAACGUAUUAUCGACCCUCUCUCAGCUACUCGAUCGGAGUCUGCACCUUGUUCACAAUGUACUGGGUGAAACCGAUGAUAAUAAUGGCGAUUCAGCUCGCCCACGGAGCCAAUACGAUCAAACUUUUGUUACCUUUCCCAACGAUCUAUCCCUGGUUCAACCGUCCAACAAACAAGUGGUUUUAUUCGGUCGUGUACAUUUUCGAGAUUUACGCGGGGAUGUUCGUGGCCUCGAUCGCAGCAUCCGUCGACUCGCUUUUCGGAUUUUACAUAUUUAAAAUAUCCGGACAACUCCGAACGUUGUCUUAUCGCUUGGAGAAUUUACGAGCGAAUGACGACCACAGAAAAGUUAUAAAAGAGUGUGUUUCGAGACAUCAAAUUUUGACGCGCUGUCAAGUUCAUCUCGAACGGAUUUAUGGACCAAUCGUUCUUUCAAUCUCGGUUAUAAAUGCCAUGGUUAUGUGCGCCUUCAUCUGGCAAGCUACUCACAUGGACCCGAAAAAGGCCAUGAUCGUCGGGAUAUUCAUUGUCAUGAAGGCCAUUCAAACUCUCUUUUAUGGCUGGUUCGGCUCGAGCCUGACUAUCGAGAACGAGAAAUUUCGCGACGCCAUUUACGCGACUGGUUGGCCAGGCACUGGCAAAAUAUCUUUCAUGAGCAGCAUUCUCACCAUGAUAUCGUGCAACAAUUCGAUCGUUCUCAAAGCCUGUUCGGUCGCGACGAUAUCAGUGGAUAUGUUCGUCGCGACGAGUCUGCAAGCGGGUUUUUCUCAAGACUUCGAAGAUCCCGAACUACGACCGAUUUUGCUAUCGCCUAUGCUAAAGUAUUAUCGACCCUCGCUGGUCUUCUCGAUCGUUGUCUACAUACUUUGCACUCUGUACGUGACUGACUGGCCAGGUUCGGGCCACAAAUCUCUCAUGACCAGUGUCCUGACCAUGAUAUCGUGCUCCAAGCCAGUUGCUUUGAGAGCCUGUUCCGUGGGGACCAUUUCCAUAGAUACGUUCGUCGCUGUCUGUAAUACCGCUGUUUCGUAUUACUUCAUGUUACGAACUGUGGAGGAACAUAAAAACCUCGAAUCAUGACUCCACGAAGAAGACACUCAUGGAUCACUAACUGAAGCACGGAUGACAAAAGUUGGCUUAGUUCUGG